UACAGAAACUCCAGUUCCUUAUGUUUUUAAAUGGCCAGAGAGGCAUGGCGGACAAUUCGGGGUUUGGGAUUUUACCCUCAUAGCCCUUCUUUUUUUGCAGAUGUGAUCUUUGACGACAUUAACUCUAUGUUACCCAGCACCCAGUCAGUGCCAUCAGAUGCCCUCGUUCUGUCCACCGUCGAGAGUUGUUCCUUGACAGCCUCGUGUGAACAUUGUCUUCGCAUCGACAUCUCUCUGAACGCGACAGGGCUCCCGCAGCUGAAUGGUUUUGGAAUCCAAAUUCUGGAAGUAAAAUACAACGCGUUUCACUCAUUCAAAAUCACUAGAAAGAAGACUAGAAAGGAGUUCAGGAAGAAUUUGUGGAAAGCACAGAUUGAUUGCUGUAAUGUUGAAGUCGGACAGUUCAUCGACGUGACGUUAUUUACCGAUCCUAACUACAGCUUAAGCAUCAACAAGCGCCACUUCGUCCCGGACCCCGAUGGCAUGCCGGAUUUCAACCACACGCAUAUCCCGGGGAAUCGAGAAAUCGAGGUUUUCUUAUCUCCUGGCCCGGACGCCAUCGCUAGUUUAAUGUAUAAAAUUGAAUCCGGUGAAUGUGACUUCGUGAGCCUCAACAGGAACGGCGUUCCAAAAAAGAUUGAUGCCUCCCAGAAACUCAUCUUAAAGUAUGAAGUCCUUCUUCCCUGCCUAUGCAUUGAGGUGUAUUAUAAUGUCACAGACGCGGAACGGAAUACAGCUUGUCCAUUUUACAGAAACAGCAUAGCCUACACUGAAGAAUUCUGGGACAUUUCUAUGAUAGAUAUCAGUAAUCACACCAGCAUGCACAUGGCCUUCAACAAAAAAUGCGAUCUUGAACCCAGUGUCACCCUGUGUGAAAAGAAAAAUGACAGAUGCACUACUGUCCCGAACGCCACAAUCCAGACAAACCAAUCCAGUCUAGCAUGCAUAACGGAGUAUAGCAUUCCCAGCAUCGACCGAGACCCUCACCUCUGUUUUAAGUUCAAUGUAUCGAACGUGACCCAUGAGAGAUGCCCCGAGGCCAAAGACCGCGUGUGGAACGUGACCGUGGACGUUCAGUCCUUUCGUGUCCUCCUCACCAUCUUUACUCGGCUCCCGUCAUCUUACAGCGCGGUCAUCUGCAAGCCAAACAUUUCCACGGGCCGGUGCUACCCGGAGUCAUCUGUAUAUGACAUCACGGUGGAGCAGAAUACUGAUGGAGAGCUGAGGUAUCUAACCGUCCCGAAGCCCAAUAUUGGCAGCUGCAUUCAGGUGUGGAGGUCCGAUGUGAAUUUUUCAUAUAAACAUAUUUUUUGUCCCGACUUUUCUCAGAAGCACCUGGGACUGGUUUUCCUCGGGAUGUCUGUGGCGGUUUUCAUGCUCGUUUUGCUCGUAUUUCUGACCAUUCAAAGGAUUUGGAAAAAAAUCACAGCCCCGCUUUGGAGGACGACCGUUCUGCUGGUAUACUCCCCAGACUCGGCCGAAUACAAAACACUUAUCUGCGCCUUUGCCGAUUUCCUGCAAAGCAUCUUGGGUUGCGAGGUCAUUUUGGACCUUUGGGACAUGAAUACGGUCAGCCAGAUCGGGAUGUUGCCAUGGUUUUAUCAGAAAAGGGAUCUGGUGAGCGAAAGGAAAGGGAACGUCCUUCUUAUUUGGACAAAGAAGAGCCGGUUAAUGUUCGAUCAGUGGAAAAGCAGCACCUUCGGCACCCUGGGGUGGAGAGACCCGAAUAACCUGUUUGGUGCAGCAAUGUCAUGUCUGCAGAAAGAUCUCGAGGUUGAGGACGACAAGGAGGUCUUGAAAAACUAUUCCGUCGUCUACUUUGAAGGUCUUUGUGAAAAACGAGACAUUCCGGUCAACCUAAGGAAGUUCUCAAGGUAUCGCCUAUUGAAAGACCUCUACAGGCUCGUUAUCAAAUUACAAGGUACCACCUGCCUCCCCCCACCUUGUCUGAUAAAGGCAGCUGCCAAGUACCUUAUGAGGAAGCUUAAAAGCUCGGAGAAGAGCACGGGACUCCAGCGGCACUUGGACCAUUGCAGACAGAACCUUAACGACGGCUUUGGCUAGCCGGAAUCCGACAGGUUAACCUUAGAUAGAGACUGAGAUUUAACAUUUUUCUAAAUGGGUUAAAAACACGGGAUCCUACGACAUUUACAUCGUUACACCCCGUUUACAGACAU